AUGAAGUUAUUCCCAAAGGGGUACAGACCCUGCCGAUCUUAUGACAUCACCAGGAAUGUUGUUGGGCCUUCCGCCCGCAUCCGCGUGUACCUGGGGUUCGUGAUUUUCGGGAUUCCGAGAAUUUCGACAACCCCUUCCCUCAUGCUAUCCUAUAUAUCUGCUGCCUUCCAGUCCCCGUCGCCAGACGAAGGCGUACAGCAGCGACCACCGCGGUAUGCGGGCGAAGAUACCACCCCAACCAGCCGCAGGGAGAUUCUAGGAUGGUACUCGUACGGCAUUGCAGCUGAAGUGUUUGCGGUCUGUGGUGUAGGCUCUUUCUUGCCCCUCACUUUGGAACAAUUAGCCCGAGAGAGAGGCACCCUACAAACGAGCCACCUUCCCUGUGUCGGACCAACCGCAGGGAAUAGCACAAAUGCUACUGAAAAUGGCCAAUGUGUGGUCCCGGUCUUCGGCCUCGAGAUCAACACAGCCAGUUUCGCCAUGUACACCUUCUCGCUGGCAGUACUCAUCCAGGCGCUGACACUUAUAUCGUUUAGCGCGCUGGCCGAUUACGAGAACAACCGCAAAACGUUGCUUAUGGUAUUCGGAUUCGCUGGUGCGCUAGCCAGCAUGUUGUUCGUAUUCAUUGCGCCACCACUCUUCGUUAUCGGAUCGAUCUUGGUCGUCGUUGGUGUGACCUGUCUCGGUUCAUCAUUCGUCGUCCUGAACUCUUACCUGCCAGUGCUUGUCGCCAACGACCCAUCUCUGCAAGAUGGGAAGGCGGAUGACGGCACGGAAAUGUCGAGCUUCGACCGAGAUGAAGGUGACUCGGAAGGGAACGCUUGGGGCAAGGAUGAUACCGACAAUGAUAGUUUAGAUGGACUGCAGCCAUCGGAUCAGGCACAGAGCUCCCUAGAAGGUGGAAUGGGAACCAAGGCUCCGCUCUCAUCAUCACCGGAGCUUCAGCUAUCCACCAAAAUCUCCUCCAGAGGCAUCGGUCUUGGAUAUUGUGCCGCAGUAUUUGUACAAAUCAUCAGCAUUAUUAUGCUCCUCACAUUAUCCAAGACCAAACUGGCAAAAGUAUCUGCAACCCUUCCCAUGCGCUUCGUCUUGCUCCUGGUCGGCAUCUGGUGGGGCGCAUUCACCUUGGUGACUCGUAAUUUGCUCAAGACACGACCGGGGCCUCGGUUGGAUACAGUCUCCACCAAAAGGACAGGAAGAUGGCGAGCCUGGCUGCGACUGGUCGGGUUUGCCUGGAAAUCUCUAUGGGAGACCGUCAAAGUUGUCAGCAAACUGCGCGAAGUCCUCAUCUUCCUGGUAGCAUGGUUCCUACUCUCCGACGCGAUGGCCACUGUCUCCGGAACGGCGAUUCUCUUCGCACGCACGGAACUGAAACUCAGCACACCGCUGAUCGGACUGCUCUCGAUCACCGCUACGUUGUCCGGCAUGACGGGUGCCUUCCUAUGGCCACAAGUGUCUCGGUACUUCAGGCUGCAGCCUAGCCAUACGAUCAUCCUGUGCAUUGCCCUGUUUGAGAUGAUCCCACUCUACGGCUUGCUUGCUUACAUCCCCUUCAUCAAAAACUGGGGUGUGUUCGGGUUACAACAGCCGUGGGAGAUAUUCCCGCUAGCGAUUGUGCACGGAGUAGUGUCGGGUGGACUAGCCUCAUACUGCCGGUCAUUCUUCGGGCUUUUAAUUCCCCCGGGUAGUGAGGCUGCGUUCUACGCCCUUUAUGCUGCUACGGACAAGGGGAGCUCGUUUAUUGGACCGGCUAUUGUUGGCGGUAUUGUCGAUGCGACCGGUCAAAUCCGGAGUGGAUUUUUCUUCAUGGCCAUUUUGAUCAUUCUCCCCAUUCCUCUCGUGUGGAUGAUUAACGCAGACAAAGGCCGGCGUGAAGGUUUGGCUAUGGCUGAAACCCUUGGCAAGUCACAUGCACCGUCUAUUGCCUUUCUGCGAACCACUUGUUUGCCCACGAUCAUAUUUUCGCAUGUCCCCUUCGCACAGUCACUGAGUCGUCAGAUCACAUACAAGUUCAAACCUCAAUCCACCAAAAUGGGAGACGGCUCCAGCAGCAGCAUUAACCAUCCCACGACUGGUACCAGUGGCGGUGCCAGCGCUGAACCCACGCCUGCAAAUAACGUCGGUGGAGGAUCCGGCUGGGGGGAUCCGGGCUUCGUCAAGGGCGGAACGACUGAGACACCAGAGACGGGACCGCGGCAUAUUUCUGCUCCCAAACCUGCCAGCACUGCUGGCAGCUUCCUCGGACUGGAAGACCAGAAGGCACGCGAUGAGAGCAAGUACCUGCAACGUGCUAAUUUGGCAGCCCAUGACAAGCCUACAACUACAACCGGCGGGGAGCCAACUUGUGGAACUGAAGAUCAUGGUUUUAUGGAGCAUAAGCCGGCCGGUCCGGACACCUUACCCGGGUGGAAGAGCGCAAAGAGUAUGUUCGGCGCGUGA